CCCUGCGUGUGUGCAGGGCUGGGCUGUCCUGGGCUCGGCCUGCUGCUCCGGCCACUCUGCUGGCGUCCCUCCCCGCGGGCUCAGGCCAUGGCCAGCCCCCACCGCUGGCAGACGCUCCCCUGUGCCCCCUCGGAUCCUUCCAGAACCAGGCAGUUGGAGAGGCCUCGCAGGAACUGGAGGGUUGGGGGCUCAGGUUCCACUGGCAGUUGGGCCAUGAAGUCAUGAGGUUCUGGUGAGGAAAGGAAGGUUCCAGAAUAGUCCCAGUUGCCCAGCCUCACCUGCCUCCCCAGGACCCUCUGGGAAGGAGGCAGAUGUGAGGGCAGGAGCUCACCCUGCUGCGCCCCACUGCCCUCUCUCUGCUCCCAGCCCGACCCCGCCUCCCUCCAGCCAGCCCCUCCCCGUCCUGCCUGCCCUGGGCUCUGGCGACCACCGCUGCUGAAGCCAUGUCAGAGCCAGUGAACAGCAGCCCCUCCCUGGGGACAUCGGCCCCCUCCCGGCUGAGCACCAUCGUCUCAGAGGACCUGGGGCUCCUGAUGGGAAGCCUGGCCAGCCCCGAGGCCUUGAGUCUGGAGUUGUCAGACAGGGACUCGUCCAGCCACCUGGCGUCCUCCCCCUCUGACCCCGAGCUGGACACGGCCAAGCACUGGACACAGCUGGAGCAGUGGGUGUCCUCGCUGCAGGCAGAGGUGGCCUGCCUGCGGGGGCAGGAGGAGCGCCGGGAGCGCGCCACUCGGAGCCUGCUGCGGGAGCUGCUGCGCGUGCGGGCCCUCGUGCAGGUGCAGGACUCGGAGCUGCAGCGGCUGCAGCAGGAGGCGGCGCCUGCCGCUCCCACCCCUGAGAAGGUUACCCCUGCCGAGCCCCACGGCCUGCAGAGCCAGAACCAGAUGCAGGCCCUGGACCAAAGGCUGGUGGAGGUGCGGGAAGCGUUGGCUCAGAUCAGGAGGCGGCAGACACUGCAGGACUCGGAGCGGAAGGCCACUGAGCAGGAGGUGGCCCUCAGGCUGGCCAAGCUGACCGACUCACUGAGGCAGGAGGAGCAGGGCCGGGAGGCGGCCUGCAGUGCCCUGCGGACGAGCCAGGAGGAUGCCGGCCAGUGGGUGGGCCACGAGGUGGCCAGGAUGCAGGCCCAGGUGACGACGCUCGGCGAGGAGAUGAGCCUGCGCUUCCUGAAGAGGGAGGCCAAGCUGUGCAGCUUCCUGCAGAAGAGCUUCCUGGCCCUGGAGAAGAGGAUGAAGGCGGCGGAGAGCUCGCGGCUGCGGCUGGAGGGCCGCCUGCGGGAGGAGCUGGAGCGCCGCUGGGAGUUGCUGCGGGAGCUGAUGGAGGAGCGGCUGCGCACCCUGUGCGGGCAGCGCCAGCAGGAGGAAGGCCACCUCCUGGAGCAGUGCCGCGGCCUGGACGCGGCUGUGGUCCAGCUGACCAAGUUCGUGCGGCAGAACCAGGCUUCGCUGAGCCGCGUGCUGCUGGCCGAGCAGAAGGCCCUGGAUGCCAAGGGCCGCUUGGAGGACGGCCAGGCGGGAGCGCUGGCGUCGCAGGUGCAGGAGAGCCUGGAAGUGGCGAGGCGGGCCCGCGAGCUGGCCCUGCAGGAGACUCACAGCCAGCUGUCUGCGGUGAGGGCCGUGGGGGCCGGGCCGCCAAGGUCGCCCAGGCACACGGGACAGGGCAGGCCUGAGCUGGGAUUCCCUGCCCCACGCCCGCCCCCUCAGCUCCGGGAGAAGAGCCAGGCCCUGGAGGCGUCGGUGGCCCAGCUGGCUGGGCAGCUGAAGGACCUGAGUGACCAGUUCCUGGCCCUGAGCUGCAGGCUGGACCUGCAGGGGCAGAUGCUGGGGCUGCGGCUAUGCGAGGCAAAGACGGAAUGGGAAGGUGUGGAGAAGAAGUCCCUGGAGGACCUAGCCAGGUGGCAGAAGGAGGUCGCUGUGCACCUGCAGGACAUGUGGGAGAAGGUGGACAGCCUCCCCCGGCAGAUAGAAGGCGUCUCAGACAAGUGCACCCUGCACAAGAGCGACUCGGACGUCAGGAUCUCUGCCGAAGGCAAGGCGAGGGAGUCCGAGGUUGGGGCUCUGCGGCGGGAGCUGGCCGCCCUGCUGUCAUCCGUGCAGCUGCUCAAGGAGGACAACCACGGGCGGAAGAUCGCUGAGAUGCAGGGCAGGAUGGCCACGUUCCAGAACCAGAUAAUGAAGCUGGAAAACAGCAUCCAAGCCAACAAGACCAUCCAGAACCUCCAGUUUAACACGGAAUCCAAGCUGCGCUCGCAGGACGCGGCGGCCCGGCGGGAGAGCGCAGGGCGCCUGCGGGGCGAGGAGGGCCCCCGGGCGCCGGCGCUGGGCAGCUGCAAGACCCACACGUCGCAGCCGAGGCAGCGGCUCUUCGUUAAGGACUUGGCCCGCGGCAAGGCGGUCCCCGUGAACUGCUGGGGCCUGUACCAGGCCGUGAGGUGGCUGCGGUGGAAGGUGACCCUCCUGAAGCUGGCGGCCAGGCGGAGGCCGGGAGCGGUCCAGGGGCUGCCCCACAGCCGGGCCUGCGCGGCACAGCUCAUCUUUGCCUGUCCCCCAGAAAUAAACGUGCCUCGACCUUGUCUGGUGGGUCCCCAAUGUCUGCGUUGACGUCCUCCCGGGGCCCAGGGGGCUGACCAGGGCUGCAGAGGUGCUGGCAGUGUGGGUGGGGGGCUCAGUCCGUGACCCCCGGGGCUGUUCUU